AUGUACUGUAAUUUUGAUAGUAGUUUCUUUCUUUCUUUCUUUCUUUCUUUCUUUGUGUGUUUCUUUCUUUCUUUCUUUCUUUCUUUGUGUGUUUCUUUCUUUCUUUCUUUCUUUCUUUGUGUGUUUCUUUCUUUCUUUGUGUGUUUCUUCUGGAUUUUGUCUCGCCCACUCUUUCUUCUCCUGAUAUAUCUCUCACUAUCACCAUCUGUUAUUUUCUCUCUUGGUCCCUUUCUUUUUUUUUUUCUAUAUUCUUCUUCACCUGAUUCCACCCACAAAUCUGUCUCAUUAUUUUCUCUCCCAAUGCUUCUCUCUACUCUCUUUCUCUCUCUAUUCGUUUCUCUUCUGAUCCCCCUCUUUAGCCUUUCUUUGUCUAUUCUUUUUUUUCUUAUCACCUCUGCGUUCAAGUGUUUAUUCCAUUAUUCUUUUAUUUCGAUUAUCUCUGAUUUGUUUUUUUUCUUUCUUGAUCCUCUUCUCUACUCUCUCUUUUCCCUUUCUCCGCUGACGACCUCCCUCUCUACUUUAUUUCUCUCUCUCUCUCUCUCUCUCUCUCUCUCUCUGUCUCUUUAUUUUUACGCACAUCCUCAUUUCAUUUCUAUUUUUUCUAUUUUUCUUUUCUUCCAUAACUUACCAUUUCUCUCUCUCUCUCUCUCUCUCUCUCCUUCUCUAUUGCACGCCAAUAUUUUUUCUGUGAUCAUAGCCGUUGAACUAUAUCACUUCAUAUCUAUCUAUCUAUCUAUCUAUCUAUCUAUCUAUCUAUCUAUCUAUCUAUCUAUCUAUCUAUCUAUCUAUCUAUCUAUCUAUCUAUCUAUCUAA